AUGCCGCGCAAUUUCAAACUGUCGUCACUCCAUCACCGCAAUGUCAUACUCUUUCUCCAUUUAUCUGGCCAAGAACCCGCGGAUAUCGAUGGACGUUUAAACGAAGUUUACAAGGAGCACACCUUCGCUAGAAGUACAAUCUACAAGUGGCACUCGAAACUCGCGUCGGGUGACUAUUCCAUUGAAGAUGAAGACCGUUCGGGACGCCCGAUGGUGUUGGAUUUAGUCUUGCUGCGGAGAAGGGUGGAAGCCGAUCCGCUUCAAACCACUCGCGAACUGACAGCCGCUCUUGGGAUGAGUCAAACCACAGUUGUUGGCGGAUUGAAGUCAAUCGGAAGGGUGCGAAAACUAGGUCGAUGA